UCGGCGACGUGACGUUACCGGAAGUGGUCGCAGUCACCGCCCCCGGGGCAGUGCUGUGCCGCCUUCGUAGCGGGAAUGGGUGUCCUGGUGAGGUCCGCCGCCCGGCAGCUGUGCUGCGCGGCUCGCGCGGUCAUUCCCUGUACUUGGAGAGGGAAAUACUUCAGUUCUGGGGAUGAACCGGCAGAAAACAACCGGGUGACACCGAUGCUGCGGCAUCUUAUGUACAAAAUAAAGUCUACCGGCCCCAUCACAGUGGCGGAGUACAUGAAGGAGGUCUUGACCAACCCAGCCAAGGGAUAUUAUAUGCACCGUGAUAUGCUAGGAGAAAAAGGAGAUUUCAUUACUUCACCUGAAAUAAGUCAGAUCUUUGGAGAGCUACUAGGGAUAUGGUUCAUUAGUGAAUGGAUGGCGGCUGGGAAAAGUGCAGCUUUUCAGCUGGUGGAACUGGGCCCCGGGCGGGGCACCCUCAUGGGAGAUAUUCUGAGGGUGUUUAGUCAGCUUGGAUCCGUGCUAAAAAACUGUGAUAUUUCAAUACACUUGGUAGAGGUGAGCCAAAAUUUAAGUGAUCUUCAAGCAUCAACACUGACUGAAGCAAAGAUCCCAUUAGAGCGAAAUGCCGAAUCUCCAGUGUAUAUGAAAGGUGUUUCAAAGUCUGGGCUCCCAAUAUCCUGGUACCGCGAUCUACAGGAUGUUCCAAAAGGGUACAGCUUUUUUCUUGCACAUGAAUUUUUUGAUGUUCUUCCUGUGCAUAAGUUUCAGAAAACACCCCAAGGAUGGAGAGAAAUCCUCAUUGAUAUUGAUCCACAAGUUUCUGAUAAACUGAGGUUUGUUCUGGCGCCUUGUGUCACCCCAGCAGAAGCUUUUCUGCAGCAUGAUGAAACGAGGGAUCACGUUGAAGUGUGUCCUGAUGCUGGGGUCAUCAUUCAGGAGCUCUCUGAGCGCAUUAUGCUCACUGGAGGUGCUGCACUGAUUGCUGAUUAUGGUCACGACGGGACAAAGACCGACACCUUCAGAGGAUUUUGUGGUCACAAACUUCAUGAUGUCUUAACUGCUCCUGGAACAGCAGACCUAACAGCUGAUGUGGACUUCAGUUACUUGCGCAGAAUGGCACAAGGAAAAGUAGCUUCUCUGGGUCCAAUAGAACAACAAGUGUUUUUAAAAAAUAUGGGAAUUGAUGUCCGGUUGAAGGUUCUUUUAGAUAAAUCAGAUGAGCCAUCAGUGAGGCAGCAGUUACUUCACGGGUAUGACAUGUUAAUGAACCCUCAGAAGAUGGGAGAACGGUUUCUCUUCUUUGCCUUGCUACCUCAUCAGAGACUUCAUGGUAGAAGUCACCAAAUAAAUGCGUGCCAGUCAAAGCCCUCUGCGUCACCUGUGGCUGGAUUCGCUGAACUCGCCUGGCAGUGAUAUUUCAGCUUUACGUUUUUAUCCUUCAGUCUGCCUAAGAAAUCAAAAUAAAGGGAAUACCCAUACAUUAAAGGUGACAGCCUCCAAGGAACAAAUUAUGCAGCAAAACUUUAGUCCAUAAGAUGAAACUCUUACUGAAGUUAGUUCACUGAUCAUUAAGGAUCUUCUUCCAUGUCAUCUGGAUUGGGAGCCAUAAUGAAGUGCUUUGGGUACACCAGGUUGUGUGUGUAUGCAUGGAUUUCCCAGCGAGCAUCAUCACUUUCAUGCGUAAUGUAACGUUCUCCGAUUCGAGUUUCAAAUUCUCUAAGGUCAAGCCAUGUCUGAUAGUCCUAAGGAAGAAAUGUAAUGUGUAUGAACUAAAAAAUAGAACACUGGCAGCCUUUUUUUUUUACUUUGCACACUAUCAAUAAUUGAUAACUCCCACUAAGUUUUUGAUACUUAAGUUCUAUUUAUAAUAUUUUAAGUUAGCAAUGUUGAAUAUAAACACUUUGUCAAAUCCACUAUUUCCAAUAAAUGAAAAUACUUUCUAAUAAAUGAAGUAAAAAAAAAAGUUUCAGGCCAGGUGUGGUGGCACAGGCCGAUAAUCCCAGCACUUAAGAGGCUGAUGUAGGAGACCACAGUGAGUAUGAGGCCAGCCUGGGCUACAGAGUGAGUUCAAGGCCAACCUGAACUGCUCACUGAGACCAUGUCUCAAAACACAACACAACACAACACAAUACAACACAACACAACACAGCACAACACAACACCAAACCCAGCUCAACCAAGUUUCAGGGUUCUGAAGGGGUUAACAAUCACUAAAAUGUUUUGUGUUGUACUGUUGGGAGUCCCAACACCAAAUUGUAGUUAAUUCUCCCUCUCAUUCCCUUUAAAAUAGUUCUAAGGCUUUUCUCCUUACUCUGAAACAUAGUUUUUCUUGUAGGCUUUUAAAAUUUAUGUGUGCCAGGCACAGUGACGACUUUCAUUGUGGGUAUUUGGUACAUGCACAUCACAUGUUGUAAUUCUUUUAUACAUCCCUUUCCCUCCUACCCCUUACUGCUUCCCCAUGUCUCCUGGUCCCCUUCCCACUGCAAAGAUCUAUCACCUUGUUUUCUUUUAUCUGCCUUUUAUUUUGCUUUUUUUUACUCUGGAUUUCCCAUGAUUAUUAAGCUUGUGUGUUUGGUUUAUUUCAGUUAACAUGUUUCCGAACUGUAUUCAUUUUGACAAAUCUAUGUAAUGGUGGAUCAAGCCAGUUUAGACUGUGUAUGGGGUAGGGCCUUUCAAUACAAAAAUAAACCUUUAAGCAGACAUUUAAAAUAAAAUAUAGUUUAUAAAAAUGUAUGUCCUGUUAAUCUUACAAAAAACUGAAGUUAAUAUACAGAGCCUACAGAAAACCAAGUCACUGCUUCAGUUCCUGUAGUCACCACACAACUCCUGGAGCUAUGGCCAUACAAAUGAAUGAGCUGCUUGUAUAAGGAUCACCAGGUUUGUUUUUUUACCUGUAGCCAGGGAUGGCUAAGAGAUUUGUCAACACUGUAACGUUUCCUCAUCUUCACUUGAAGCAAGUUGUUUAUCAAAUCAAUUGCUAAAGGAAAAUACAAAAUUAGAUACAUAAAUUGGGUGUAUAAAGUACCCCAAACCUGUGACUCUGCCACAGGUUGUCUACUUCAUAGAAAUGCAACAUUGAGGAAAUUUUGCUUCUCAAGUUCGUGGACUUUUCUACAUGUAAAGUGGUCCAUUAAUGCUUGCUGAAUUAAGUAUGCCUGUGAAAUUUUCAUUUGAUUAAGAAGGUUGUAUAGAAUACAGAUUUAAAACACACACUCUGAAGCCAGACUGCUGGGCUAAAACACCGUAUAAUUCUUCCUAGUGAUGCAAUAUGGGAUCAGUUAUUGACCUAUGAUGUAACUUGGUUUUGUCAUCUGCAAAACUGGACUUGUUGAAAAGAUAAAAUCAACUUAAUAUAUGUAAAGAACUUAGAAUAGUCCGUAAUAUAUGUAAAGAACUUAGAAUAGUCCGUAGUAUUUAAGUGCUAUUUAUUAACUGUUAUUCUUUCCAAAUGAGUAAAACAGACUGAUUGUAGGCUUACGUAUCUCUUCCAACAAUAACCAUGUUGCUCUCUAUUCCCAGGAUAGUGUGGAAGAGCAGCCAGAGCCACUGUCUUGCAUAUACAAAUAAGACUGGACUGAGGUGUUAACUUUCUUUUUUGGUGGUACUGGAGAUCGAACUCACAACCUUGCUGAGCUAAAUCCCUAGCCUGAAGUGAUAACAUAUUAUCAGAAGUUUAUACUACACCUAAUAAAUAUGUUCAGGGUGUUUUAGUGUAAAUAGUGAGACCUCGACAUACGAUUCUAUUACUUAUUUGGAUAAAUGGGUCAACUGUAAAACCAAGGCAACUAUGAAAGUACACACUGACGAACCCUGCAUGCUACACUGGAAGCGCGGAUAUGAAAGUGCACCCUUUAGUGACUGAGUGCCCAAGCUGCACCCCAACAGCCACUUACUUGUUGCAAAAUGUCAACACUGCAACUAAACCUGAAUACUGAGGUUUUAGUUUAGAAAAACCAACUCAUUCACUUAGCUUGUGUGCUCACAGGGUUGCGUGUGCCCGCUGCGGCUCAUGUACCUUAAGUUUGCUUCCACUGAUCUAGGCCCACAAACAAGCCAAAUGAAAGACAUACCAUACUAAUUCUAUUUCUCCCAUAUACAUCAAGUAAGGGUCUUCCAUGAGUACUUUAUGAAUUUCUCUGUGUUCAAAUAUGAAAUCUUUUGCUCCUUAAAAUGUGGUUCACCUUUUGCAUUAUUUCAAGUGUUUAUUUUUUAUUUUUUUGAGACAAGGUCGUUGUAGGUUGUGCAAGGUUGUUUAGGUUGUCUUGAACUCACUCAGUAGUCCAGGCUGGCCUUGAACUUCAGUGAUCCUCCUGCCUCAGCCUCCCAAGUUGCUGGGAUUACAGGCAUGUGACACCAUGCCUGGCCCAGGUGCCUAUUUAACUUUGGUAACAUAAAAAAAAAGCUUCCCAUGAACUUUAUUCAGUUUUGAUCAAAUUUCUCUCAAUUUAAUGGGGGUAUUUAUCAGUCCCCUUCUAAUUAGGCCUAGUACUUUAAGGGGUGGGAGGGUAUACCUGUUCCAAAAGCUGGCCAAAUCCAGGUGGGAAUAUUUCCCAAUAGGGCACUGUUAAGUAAUGUUGUAAGUGGUACACUAUUAGUGACAAUACACUAAAGAGCACCAGCUAAUUCUUUCUUGAUGGUAUAAAGCAAGGGGUUACAAACUCAAAAGCCUUUACAGGCAGGGAAAACAAAUGUAUGAUGCUUCACAAUACAGGUCCACAUGAGGACUGAAAACAAAAUGAACAGCACCAAAUAUAAAGUUCCUUCUAUGUAUAGAGAACUUAAAUUGUAAGUCUGUAUUCAAGGAGCUUACAAUCUUGUUCUGAAAACAAAAAUUAUCAAAACAGUAACUAAGAAAAGUCCUAAUGAGCGUAAGUAAUUUCACAUAGUGUAGAGGAGGGGCAAUAAGGAAGAAUGUCAUGGUGAUCACAAAUUAAGGCAUCUUAGCUUUACAGUAGUAGUGAGGAAUGCACCAUUGUUUUAGGGAAGCCAAGUUGGGUGUGGUGGUAUACUCUCACAGUCCUAGCAUUCUUCGAGGCUGAAACAGAAGGACCACAGGUUUGAGCCUAGUCUUAAUAAGACUUAAUAAGACUCUGUCUCAAAAAAGAAAGGCCUGGGGGCUGGGGAUUAAGCUCAGUGGCAUAAGCGCCUACCUUGCAAGCAGGCAGUUGUGAGUUCGAUCCCUGGUACCGAUAAAAAGGAAAAAGAAAAAAAAAAAAGGCCUGGGGAUGUAGUUCAAUGUGAAGGUGCUGGGUAGCUAUCUUCACUACUGUGGGCUGUGUGUGUCUGUGUGUUUGGGAGUGGAUUAAGAUGAAGCAGUGCUUCCUGAAGAUGAUUUGGCAGUGGUGAUUGGGAAGAACCAGAAAAGAGACUCUUAAUGCAGUGAUGGUGAACCUAUGGCAUGCAUGCCCCAAUGGGCUGUUUAUCAUUGAAACAUUUUAAAGUUUGACAUCCCUCUAAUAUGACAAUUAAAAAGAUAUGUUAGUAGUUUCAGAAUGAGGCUGUUUGGCCCUAGAUUACUAUUAAGCAUGGGAACUACAAAGAAAACAAUGCAAAGGUAAGAGUGCUCAGACACUGGUAACUAAAUAGAGAAGUCAGAUUAGACAGGCUGAGAUCACAAAGAUUUUUAGACUAAAGGGCGCACUGUCAAAUUUUAUGUACUGUACCUUCACUAGAAAUUUCUCUCCAUGGAUUUGGUGGGUACAUAAAUGCAGCGUUUUGGAUUUGGUCAUUUAUAUCUUCAUCCUCAUUGAAUGGAAAUGUGCCACUGAGGCUCACAUAGACAAUGACUCCCACUGACCACAUAUCUAGAGAACGGUUGUAACCUUUGCUCCUGAGAACCUCAGGGGCUAGGUAUGCUGGAGUUCCUACUACUGAUCUCCUGAAUGACUUCUCACCAAUAAUGCGUGCAAAUCCAAAGUCACACAGUUUCACCUGGAAAUAAAGGGUGAUGUUAAUUUUAUAAUGUAAUUAUAUAGCAAGUAGGCCUCAAUAUAUCAGAUCAUCUCAAUACACUCACCAAUUAUACAAUUAUAAGUACUAAUUGUAGAGAUUAUAGAGAAGGAAUCUGAAAUAUCCUUUUUCAAAAGGAGUAUAUAUUGAUAGCUAUGUGAAACUAACACAUAUAAAAAGCUUUCCUAAUAUUUACUUCAGUAAAACUUUUGUUUCUAGAAUACAAAAACUUUUAUAUUCCAGAAUAUGGCAACUACCAGACUGGCAUUUCAAGAGUUCAGUUUUUUUUUUUUUUUUUUAAAAGAAAUAGAAGGUGAUCUUUUAUCAUUUGUCUAGUAAAGAGAUCACUUUUCUCCCAGGAUGCUAUAUAUUGAGACUCCUAAAAGGAAUAAGAGGGUUUUCUAUUUCUGUGGGACAAAUUACUGCUAGUUAAACAUUAAGAUUUUUAAAAAGUUGUGAAGGCAGCCUCAGUCCCUACUAUAUACUCCUCCAUUUUUUUGUAGAAGUUCAGAUUUUGGUGAUUGAUGACUGCUGAAUAAGCAAAUGCCAAGUACUUUCCUGAAGAAAUGCUCUGACUCUCAGAAUGCUUCAGAAAAAGAACAUAAAGUUCACAGAAAAGGGAUUGGACCUCUAGAAAAAGUAGGCACAAGUAAACCAACGGGAUACACAAAAAAGUAGAAGUGCUAUUUCCAGGAUACAGACUCUGACAUGAUUUUAUGAAAGAUACUUGCGCUGUCAGUACUGAACUUGUUGUUUCUCUAUUUGAGUAUUUAAACACUAGGAGUGCAGACCCUGAAGAAACAUUCUUCUUCUCUUUCUCAUUAAAUGCCAGGAUUUAGAUAAUAUCUUGAUACAGAUGAUUUAACAUUCUGGCAACUGAAUAAAGAAGUACAAAGUACAGCGCAAAAAAGAUUAUCAAGUAAAUAACAUUUUUUUCCCCUUUGCUCCUAAUGGGAACAAUGUGGAUCACAAAAAGUCGACAUUAAGAAGUUGGAUUCUAGCUUUAGCCACAGGGUGUACAUCCUUUGCCUACUCUAUUUUGAAGAUCAAAUAAGAUAAUGUCUAGAAACAGUUUAUUUAAAAUACAGCACCAACUAUUAUGGGACCUUUUCAAACGUCACAAUGAUAAGGAAUCACUUUAGUCACACAAGCUUUAACAACAUGAGUACUAUUUUAAAAGCCAAAGAUUUAAAAAAAUGAAUAAAUACAUUGUUUUCAGCAGGUGUGAAUGCACACCAUUAAUAAUCCCAGAUACUUGAAGCAGGAGAUCUCAAGUUUGAGGCCAGCCUGGACAACAUGGACCCAUGUCAAAAUAAAAUAUAAAAAAACCUGGGACUGUAGCCCAAUGAUACAGCAUCCCUGGCUUUGAUAACUGGUACUAAAAAAUAAAAACAGUACAGUUGUUUCAAAAAUGAGUUUUGAUUUAGCAGGUUAUGAAAUAAAUUGAGCUGAUCAAGAUUAGCAUGGUUUUAUGUUUUUUAUAUUUUGGUACCACGAAUUGAACUCAGGGCCUUGUGCUUGCCAGGUGACAGACAGCAUUGUUUUAAAAAAUGAAACUCAACUGAAUUAAAAAAAUCAGAGUAUAUCACACAUACACCACAUACUGUCACAAGUGUGAGCAUUCCUGGUGAUAGGAAAUGUAAUUUCUCUGUUUUUGGUGAAAAUGUUUGUAGUACCCUAAAGAAAACAUGACUUGAGUACCUAUCUCAGUCUUUUAUCUUCCAUUUCAGAUAACAUCUCCCAGUUUGUUUUAAUUUAUGAGGCAUUCAUCCUGAGUACCAAGUAUCAUAAGGCUGAUUUUUCCCACUUCAUUCCCAACCCACGAGGAGAAGGGAAUUAAAAAGUGUUAAGUGCAAAAAGUUAUUCAUUGAUAUGUAGAGUCUGGAAACAUCUUAGUGAACAUAAACAAUAUGAUUAAUAAAAAUUUCAAUUUAGUUAAUCCUCGCUGCCAGGUAUAGACUAAAAAUUUUCUGUAAAAUGGGAUGUACUCUGAACCUUAGUACAAUGCUUUUUACAAUUUUCUUUUUUUUUUUUUUUGUCUUUUUCCUUUUUAUCGGUACCGGACUGCCUGCUUGCAAGGCAGGUGCUUAUGCUGCUGAGCUAAAUCCCCAGCCCCUAGUACAAUGCUUUUUAUUGUGUGAGCACUUUAUAAAUGUUGCAGAUACAUAAAAUGAUUCUGGAGAGUAUCUCACCUGAGGAAAUGGCUCUGCUGAUGCAAGCAGCACAUUUUCUGGCUUUAAAUCACAGUGCACAAUGUUCUUAAAAUGUAGAUUCCGCAAAGCAACAAGUAUCUGUAAUUAAAGAACAAAAGAACUUUUUUUUGCCAAUGUCUGGAAAACCAGUUAAACCCCAGUGUUACUCCUUGAAAGGGGUAAUAGUGUGAAAACUCCUUAUGAAGGUUUAGCUACAAAUGUUAUUUUGAUCCUCAAAGUUAACAAUUCCCGCAAUCUGUUAAUAUGUAAAAACACUGCUUUUAAUUCUCUUAGUUUUUAAUUAUUUUCUAGUUUCAGGAGAGCUAAGGUACCUGUGUGACCAUAAACUUAGUAAUUCGUUCUGGAAGCCGACUUUUCUCACUAGAUAGAAUCAUUUCCAACAUAUCUCCAUGUAGUUUUUCCAUUACCACAAAAACACGUUCGGGUGUUUCAAACAUACAUUCCAGGUUUACAAUCCCAGGAUGGUGCAGAUUCUGGAGAAAUUGUAAGACAGUUAAAUGACUAACAAGUAGAGAAACAGUUUUAAUACACAGAUAUCUAGCAUGCUAUAACCAACUGUAUGAGAUACAUGUUACUGAAAAGAAAAAAGUUGAGAAAAAUAAACGGAAAAAAAUGAAAAACAAUCAAUAAAAAAGGGUGUAACAGAUUCAGAUUUUCCAAGUUGUGCACUGAAUGAAAAAUGGAUGCACUGAGGGGUGAGAAUGGGCUUUUCAUUUUUCUCUUUCCAUUUUUUUCUAAGAUGCUGUUAUAUUUUCCUUUACUUUUCUUUGCUUGAUCUAUUUUUUUAAAAAACUUUUAAAUCCCCACACCAAUCCAGAGAACCAGCUUCUAGAUUUAGUGUAUUCUUUUCCUUUAUUAAUUUCAUUUUUAUUUUUAUUAAUCUCUUUCCUUAAGGUUUAUUUUUUGUUCAUUCUUUUUAACUUUUUGAGCUACAAUCUUAAACUCAUUUAUUUUUAUUCUUUCCUGCUUCAUAUUUGAGGUGAUAAAUCUUUCUCUGAAAUGAUAUCCAAAGGCUCUUACAUACACACAUACAUAUAUACAUAUUUAUAUACAUAUAUACACACACAGGAUUUUCAUGAUUAUUAUAUAUAUUUUUUUGUGUGUCUUUUUCAUUUUUAUCGGUACCAGGGAUCCAAAUCACAACUGCCUGCUUGCAAGGCAGGCGCUUAUGCCGCUGAGCUAAAUCCCCAGCUCUCAAUUUUCAUGAUUAUUUUCUAAAUAUUCUAACUUUGGAUUUUUCUCUGAUUUAAAAUUAAGAUAAUUUUAAGUUUUUAGUGGUAGCUGUUUUCUAAUGUUGUAACUGAUGUUCUGCUUUUAUUAUGUUAAGAUCAAAGAAUACUACUUAUUCUGCUUUUUGAGUUGGGGUUCCUUAGGAUACAGAGUUCUAUGUACAGUCAUUAGGUAAAUCUUACUGUUUAGCCUCUGAAGUUAAUUUUGUUUGCUCCAUAUGUUAUAGACUACUAAUAAGCUUGUGUUUGUUUUUGUGUCUUCUUUCACUUUCCUUUAUAAAUGCUGAUACUAUUAUUUGUUACAGUGUGAUUUACAAUUUUCUAUGGAUAAAAUGCCAUUCUUCAUUUCUUGUUUUCCCUCUCUUAUUGGAUCAUGAUCUUCUUGGCUUUCUUUUGUUUAGGAAAGGAACCUAUGGAGGACAUCAUAAUUCUGUAGAUUUCAGAACUAACAAAACUUUCACUGUGGCCUUUCCUCCUGCAUGGUGCCGAAAUUCAUCCACUGUUUUUGGAAAUUAUUCUAUGUAAUUUGUUUAAGAAAGUAGAAGAAAAAAAGAGAUGUGGCUAUGGAAAAGAUAAGCUGUGGAUGCCACUGGUGCUGCAGGUGAAGGUAACAGCAGCAAGGUCAGCCACAGGAGUUCAGCCGACUUUUUAGGUUACUUGAUGAGGACUAAAUGUAAGAAUAUCACCAGGUAAAGACAGAAAAACAGUGAUAUUGUUGGAGGGGGAACAGUAAGCCAAAAGGUGCUAUGAGUGUAAGAGAGCAGUACAUGCCCUUUGAUCCAUGUGAAAAAGUCUAUCUGGAAUGUUUAUAUGAAUAAAUCUUGGGGAAUUAAUUUCAGUAAAUGUAUGAUUUAUAAAAAUUCUCAUCUAAAAAUGUAUUCGUUGUGUGAAUUUGGGACAGUGGUAACAAAAUUACAGUAUUUCUGUACAAAGUAGGGCAGAAGUUCAUCUUUAUAGAUUUUGUUGAGUGCACACAUUGCGUAAGAACACCUGAGUCACAAUUCCAUGUGCAUACACACAGAAUAGGUGCAACAAGGUAACAAAAAGGCGCAUGUAGUUUGGAGACAGAUUCAGAAUCCCAACCUGCCUAGUUCCUGCUGGGUAAUGUUGAGAAAAAGUAGACUAAGUGCAGAUUCUAGCACAAAUUAAGCCACUUACUAAAUAAACAAUUUGUUUAUAUAACAAUCUGAAGACAAAAAAAAAACGGGCGGCUGGGGAUUUAGCUCAUCGGCAUAAGCACCUGCCUUGCAAGCAGGCAGUCAUGAGUUCGAUCCCCGGUACUGAUAAAAACGAAAAAGACAAAAAAACAAAAACAAACAAACAAAAAAAAACCAAUCUGAAGAGAAUCUACAACAAAGAAUGCUAUAUUCUAUUUAGUAGGAAAACAGUAUAUUUAGAGACACGUUACAAUCAUUUAAUUCUAUUUUCAGCUGGACAAUAUUAAGGAAUAUAAGCAGAAGCAUGUAGCUGUUUUUCACACUGCAUUAACUGAAAAUUCCUAAAUUUAGUUAUGAUCUACAAUUAACAUACAAAAGAAAGUGCUUCUGUACUUAGUCCAGAGUUGUAUUUGUGAUCAAAGAAUCAAGGAGAAAUUAAUGCUUAGGAAUAUAUUCUUAAUUUUUUUUCUGUACACUAGUUGAACAGUAAGAUUCUAAAAUUAAAAAUGCAGAAACAUCUUAACAAUAUGUUCUGUGUUAAAACAGUAUAAUGCUAUUGUUAUCCUGUUUAAACAUAGCUUUAUAAAAGUAAGCAGGUUGGAUGUGACCUUAGGUACUUGUGGACCACAAGCUUUUGACUAUUAUUCCUCUGAGAAAAUGAGGCAAAUGCUUAGAACUGUGACCAAUAAUGUAAAAAAUGUAAUGCAAUUUAUUUCUAAAGAUUUUCUUUUCUUCAAUAAACCGUAAGUUCAA